GUCAAUUGUAUCUGUAAGUUAAUACAUAAUAUCAUGACAAUAAAUCAUCACUAACAACACUAUUUUUUACAGGUUUUGGGAGCUCCACAUAAAAUUACGAUGGAUAACUACUUGAGUUUAACGGAACCUGCAAAGAACUACGUGGCAAACCGUCUUGGAUAUCGCACGGUGAAACUGUUAGGUGUUCUUCUAAAUUUUAGAGUUGUACACAUUCUAACCACCGAAUGGGGCUUCGACGUAGUCGGAACCAACUCAACAAAAGGCAUUAUCGGUCAACUGCAGCAGAAUUUUGUAGAUCUGUCUUCGGCUCCACUAGCGAUCACCUCUGAGCGAAUGCAAUCCUUCGAACAAACCAUCGAUUUGGUGACCCGGCGAAUUAUCACAAUUUUCAGACAUCCCAAAAAUGGGGGGUCGAGAAAUAUUUUUCUACAUCCCUUCCAGAACAUGCUGUGGCUUGGAAUAGUUCUAGUUCUGCUUUUUUCGAGUGGUUUCCUUCUUUUUAGUUGUUUCGUCAAACGACAAAGGAGUCAAGGUAGAUGUUCUAAUUUUCUGCUGCUAAUUUUUGGAUUUUUCUGCCAGCAAAGUUACGCUGGGUCGACGACGAUUUACCCUUCACGAAUGGUGCUGCUCACGAUGUUGCUGUUCUCGUUGACGGUUUACCAGUUUUAUUCAUGUUUUAUUAUUGGCUAUUUGCUGGUAUUACCUCCCAAGAAUAUUCGCUCAAUCGAGCAGCUUAUUGAAAGCAACUUGGGAUUUUCCAUCGAAGAUGUUCCAUACAAUCGGGAUUACUUUAAUAGAACGAAAAAUCCACUUGCUCGUGAACUGUACGAGAAGAAAGUUCUCAACAGUGAUGUUGGAUUCAUAAACGUAAGCUUGGGAGUUGAUCUUAUAAAACGAGGAAAACAUGCAUUUCACUGUGAUACUUCCUACGUCAACACCUGGAUUAUGGAAUCAUUCAGCGAUUACGAGCAGUGUGAGCUUCAGGAAAUUGAAACCUAUCCCACAAGGCCGCUUCAAAUUGUAAUUCCAAAGGGCAGUCCGCUGAAGGAACCGUUUCGGGUUUCGAUACGGCUCAUGAUGGACACCGGACUGGUGCAGUACUAUCGAAGGAAGUUUUUCAUGAAGCGGCCGCCCUGUUCGACCGAUAGCUUUGCCACGGUUAAGGUGGGAUUCUGGGAUAUUGCGGGUCUGUAUUGGCUGUUGGUGGCUGGGUUUACGAUGAGUGCCUUUGUAUUGGCGGUAGAAAUUUUGGAAUUUCGCGUGCGGAUGCAUUUUUGGGAUAAGGAAUUUUCGAAGCGUUAUACAGGGUGGCACAAUUGAAUAAAUUAUUUGUAACAGUUUAUGUGCGGUUUAAUUUUCUUUUGAGCUUACCUUAAAAUGAACUAUAACUUGGUGUGUAACACUCGGUCGCUCUCGUGAAUAUUUUCAAUAGUUAGCAUAAAUUCUUCUUAAAC